GUUUUUAAACACCGUCUGUCUGCACCAUUCCAAGCCAGGUUCUUGGAAAAGCGCAGAUGUAGAGCGGGUAUACGGACGACUGGCAUACGUUCAGACGUGCAGUUCCAAUAGAGGAGCUUCAUUGGGAAUUCCUCUCCUUAACCGCUGGAUGACCGUGGAGGUGAAAUGAAGCUCCUUCAUGUGAUCACCGUCUCUGCCGUCUACAUCAGCAGUGGUCUAGCAUCGCCGCUAACCUCAUACAGCUCGGCUGAGGGCAGCACGGACUUGGAGGACCUCUAUGUCACCUUCUCUGUUCCCACUAAAAGCGCCUCAUCGGAUUAUUACCAGACGACAUCUACUGGCCCCGCCCAUCAGGAAGAAGAGUACCUGAGAAAGGUGGUGGACUUCCUGGAGGACAACAUGCUCCUCAUUCUCGUCUUAGCCUCGCUCCUUUUUCUCAUCUUCCUUGUUGCGUGCGGGGCGAUCGUCUUGAGUCGGCGGCGUAGGGUCAACGCCUACUACCCGUCCUCCUUCCCGUCCAAAAUGUACGUGGACCAAAUGGACAAGACCGGAGGCGCUCGAGUCUUUCAUGAGCUGCCAGAGAAGGCGGCGCCGCGACAGGAGAUCCAGCCAGUGGACUCUCAUCUGCAGCUUCAAGCAGACAUUAUGAAGGCCGCCAAGAAUCUGAGAUCGCCAACAAAAACUGGGGAGGUGGCCAGCAUUCCUCAGGACAAACCAGACGGAGACGUGAUCCUGGAUGAGAAGGAGCCGCCAAGUCCUGCUGAGGAAAAGGAGACAUGUGAAGCAGCUGCAGCAGCGGGAGUGAACUUGACUUCCUCUGUGGGACAGGAAGACAAGUCCCAGGUGUCGGUGAGGAGUCUGAGGCCUGCUUCUUUGCAUCUUCACAAUGACUCAGCAACAUUGCAACUCAUUGCAGGAGAGAAAACUGCAUUCUAAGGACUGGUAAACAAACUUUUCUACAGAUGGACUUUACCCCCUCUUUUAUCUGAUGAAGACUUUGCGGACAGCUUGGGGAAGAACAGUAGUAAACCAGGAGACCCUCACGAAUGGUCUACAAUACCCCACAGGAGUGGAAGUAGCGGUAAAGGGCGUCUAUUAUCACUUUCUGUAGGUGAAAUGUCCCCAUACUACCCAUACUGUAAAACAAGGGUCUCAAACACGCGGCCCGGACACUAGUUUGAGGCCCCCGCCUUGAUAUGAAAGUGCGGCCCGUGCAAGUUUGAUAUGGAUGCUGUAUGGUAUCAUGUACCCAGAAAAAAUUAUUACGUUUGAUUAAUGUUCAUGUUAAAGGUUAAAUAACUGUUAAUAGUUAUCCUCCCUAUCCGUGUGGAAGUGGUAAGUUUUGGGCUUUUUUACGUUUAAAGGAAAUAACUUGGAGGCUACCGUUUAGGUCGCUAGAUCUCUAGUUUGCGAGUUAGCAUGUGUCUCAAGACCCUGCAGUUGCGCAAUAUGUUGUAAAUAAAAAAAGUAUAAAUGUGACUAUAGUCGUGUUUUGUCAUGUCUACAGGGCUCUAAUAAUGCUUUGUUAAUUUUAAUCUGAAAAAAAUAAUUUG